AUGGAGUCAGGCCUCUCACAAGCCUUCGUUGAAGAACUCAAGUGCUUCAUCUGCAUGAGCUACUUUAUAGACCCAGUCACCAUAAGCUGUGGCCACAGCUUUUGUCGAGCCUGCCUCCAUCUUUCCUGGGAAGACAGCGAGCUCCCUGUCCAAUGUCCUAUGUGUAGGGAACCAUCCCAGCAGAAUAACUUAAGAACCAACAUUGUUCUGAAGAAGUUGGUGUCCAUUGCCAGACAAGCCAGCCUCAUGAAGUUCCUGAGCUCUGAGGAGCAUCAGUGUGUGACCCACAAGGAGACCAAGGGGAUCUUCUGUAUGGAGACCAGGAUCUACCUCUGUCAGCUCUGCUCUGACUCCCAGGAGCACAAAGGUCACAAACAUUGUCCCAUCGAAGCAGCUGCUGAGGGUGAAAUGGAGAGACUUCUAAAGCAAAUGGCAUCUUUAUGGGAGAAGAUCCAAGAAAUUCAAGAGAAUGUAGAUGCAGAGAGCAUUUCCAAAAUUUUGUUUAUAGACUAUGUGCUUAUGAGGGAAGACAUGAUCAGGAUGGAGUAUAGGAAAUGGCGUGCAGUCCUCUGUGAAGAGGAAGAGGAACACAUUGAGCACAUGAGAAAUGAUGGCUAUCGUGUUUUAGAGAAAUUAAGAGAAAGUGAAGCCAUGAUGAUCCAGAAGAGCAAACAACUAAGAGAAAUGUUUCAGGAACUCAGGGCGAUGUCCCAGGAGCCAUAUGUGGUACUACUCCAGGGUUUGGAUGACAUAUUCAGAAGGAGUGAGUCAAUGCAGUUGAGCAUUCCCCAGGGUUUGGAACCAGAGCUCUCCGCCUUCCCCAUGAUUGGACUCACUGAAAGAUUCAAGUCCUUCAAAGCGCGCCUUUUCUUUGAAAAUCUAUUCAUGUUCCUUUGCAUGAAGAACCUAUUUAAUGUCAUGAGAAGAGCCCGUUUCAGACCUCAACAUCAGGAUACAUCUGAGGAAAUUUGUGGAUGCUAUUUGGCCUCAUGGGGAUUACAGAGCAUCAGCACAGGGAAAUAUUACUGGGAAGUGAAUUUCAAGGCCUCUUGGGACUGGACUGUAGGAGUCUGUACCAAUUCCUGGUUAAAAAAUAGAAACAAAGAAGUUGACACUAAGGGCGCAUUCCUCCUUUUCUGUGUGAAGGAGGAGGGUAAUCAUUACAGUCUCCUCACUACGAACCCAACAAUCCAUCACUAUAUAGAGAAGCCACUGGGCAGGGUUGGUGUGUUCCUUGAUUGUGAGGCUAGAUGUUUAAGUUUCCUGAAUAUUGCCAAGAGUUCCCUCAUAUACAAAUAUCCUAAUGGCACGUUCAGUCGCCGUGUCUGGCCUUUCUUCUCCUUUGGUCAAAUAAUACCAUAG